AUGUUGUUUUUCUUUCUCUUCUUUUUUGCAUCAUUCUCACAAACAAGUACAAUUUUAACACGUUGUGCAACAAAUCCAUUAUGUCGUUUAAGUAAUGAUUCAAUGACAAUUAUAUGUGAUUCUAUAUUUAACAGUCAAAAUGAAAGUGAUCCAUAUCCUAUCAUAUCAUGUCUACCACCUGUUAAAACAUAUUUAUUUCGUAAUUUUCAACAAAUUCCAUCAUAUGCUUUUCAAAAUAUAACAUUUCCUGAAAAUCAAUCAUUUUUAAUUAAAUUAAUUAAUAUAUCAAUGAUUGAUUCGGAAGCAUUUUC